AUGCCCCGCGAAGAUACAGAGGUCGACCGGGUGUGGCGUCACCUCCAUCAACCGGUCACCCACCCCACCGUUACACUCGCAAAAAUGUCCGACACCGAGAACAAGUCCGACGCCAAGAAGAUCACCAUGGAGGAGCUCAAGAAGCACGACUCCUCGGAUGACCUCUGGCUGCUCAUCGACGGCAAGGUCUACAACGUCAGCAAGUUCAUGGACGAGCACCCCGGUGGUGACGAAGUGCUGAUCACCGAGGCCGGCAAGGAUGCCACCGAGGCUUUCGAGGACGUCGGACACUCUGAGGAUGCACGUGCACUCCUUGGGCCCAUGCUCGUCGGCGAGCUCGAGGGCGGCACUCAGAAGAUCAAGACCACCAGCGGCGCCGUGACCAACGAGAACAACACAAACGUCAACAGCCAACACGCUAAGCGGCAGCGUCAGCGAAUCUCGCCGUCUGCAUCAGACAAUGGCGCAGAUGUUCCUCUUCUCGCUUCCCGAGUGAUCAUCGCUCUCGAUCUGGACGCCUUCUACGUCUCUGCUUGCCGAAAAAGAGACCCCUCGCUCGUUGGCAUCCCCAUCGGCAUCCAGCAAAAGGCGCUCGUUGCCACCAUCAGCUACGAGGCUCGUGCAGCGGGCGUUUCCAAGCUCGACAGCAUCAAGGAUGCGCUCCAAAAAUGUCCGGAUAUGGUGCUAGUCAACGGAGAGGAUCUUACCUACUUUCGACAGGUCUCUAGUCAGGUCUGGAGACUGGUCAGGUCCAUCGUUUGGGAAAAGCGGGUCGAGAAGCUGGGCAUGGACGAGUUGUUCUGUGAUGUGACCGACAUGAUCGAUCACCAUCUCAACACUUUGCGCAAAGGCGCAGGGUCAGGUCAAUGGUUCGAUCUCAACCCACCCAAUCAAAGCCCUAGGUUAGAGGAUUACGGUUUCGAGUAUCAAGCGUGGCCCGCUGAUCCACCCGGACACACGCAUCCGAGCGAAGCAGCACAGCAUCUGGGACAGAGCCGGCCAGACUGGUGGCAGGAGCGUGUGCUGGUGGCCGCCAGGCUAGCGUACUACAUCCGACAGCGCAUAUCGGACGAAGUCGGGCUGACGUGCUCCGCCGGAAUCGCUCCGAGCAAGUCGCUAGCAAAGCUCAUCGGAGCGCUCAACAAACCGAAUCAACAGACGUCGUUCUGCCCUCCGAUUGUAGGUGGAGGCCCAAAACAUCGCAAUGGGCCCAGUCUCGUCGAAUCGAAUCUGUUGCGACACACCACUGCCUUCUUAGACCCUCUGGACCUUCGCAAGCUGCCCGGCUUCGGUCGAGUAGUGGUGGACAAGAUCCGAGACCAUCUCAAUCCGGACUCGAACGCUUCGAACGAAAAGAGCAGCGGGCGACCGCGCAUGAACUUUAUGGAUCCAACAAGCGCCUCUGACGAUGAAGAAGAGAAAGCGAAAGUCAAGGUGUCAGUCGGUGCUGCGAGAAAGAUGCUGUCGCUGGAACAGAUGAUGGAUCUUUUUGGCGAGGUGAUCGGUCCCAGGCUGUGGGCAUUGGUCAGUGGACGCGAUGCGGAGCCAGUUGUUCCGGCACCCGACUUUCCACUUCAGUUGUCGAUAGAGGACACCUAUCCGUAUCCGAGUCUACGUGGGCCUGCCAUUCACAAAGAGAUCGGGCGCCUAUCUCUGUCUCUGCUCAGAAGGCUCGAGCUGGAGCUCACCACCCAGCAUCAAGCGGUGCAAGAGCAGCCCAAGCCGCUCAGCCAAGAAACGACAAUCAAGAACGAGACCGUGACGAUUCGAGACUACCAAGAUCAGCCGCCAACAGCAGCCGCAACCAAGGCCGGGUGGUUGCGGUAUCCGAUGAAGGUGCGGUUGAGUGUUCGACAGGGCUGGAGUAACCGCGUGUCGAAGCAGACCAAGAUGCCCGUCGAGAUCUUUGAGCUUGAUCAACCGAGGGAGGUACGAGCAGCAGCGAUCGCAAAGGCGUGCAAGGGUUUGCUGCGUGCGCUGAUUGGAGGCGACGAUGUGGUUGGAGACGGGAUGAAUCUCAUCAAUAUUGCCGCGCUGGAGCUCAGCGAGAAGCGACCGCAAAGAGCGCUUGGUAGCUUCUUCGCCGCAGGACCGAUGCCGGCCAACGACCAUGGAAGAAUCAAGGAGAAAGCGAAGUUGGACGAAAGCUUCCUUGCCAGCCUACCUUCAGAUCUGAGGGAAGAGAUUGCGUUGGAGUACGGCAUCGAUCUCGCUUCGUCGGGUGAGGUAGGAGCAGCUGUCGAAUUGGCCGAUGCGACCGAGGUCGCCAAAGACAAAGGAAAGAGCAAAGCUGCCACGACUGCGGGGUUGGUAUGCUCCGUGUGCGGUGAUGGAAUGGAGAUAUGGAUGCAGCACGAUCACGAAGAAUACCCAGACUCGGGGCUUCCGCCCCGAUCACCGGAUCAUUCGUCCUCUCCUUUGUCAGACGACAUGGAACGAGGCGACACCUUUGAAACCGAUCCUGACUCGGUGCAAUGCGAGCAGUGCGGUGAAGCGCUGAAGCCGUUCAUGCUCGUUGCACACAAGCGGUUUCACGAGAUGCAACACGAGACCUAA